UCCAAUAUAUUUUCCAAAAAUCAAUAUUUUUUUAAACAUCUUAGUCUCUACAGCUGCUCUUCCUCAGACCCAUACAUACAUCUUGUGAUCAUGCUGCCUGUGUUUCUCCUUGCCUCCAUGACCGUCUUGGGGGCUACCACCUUGAUGGGAAUUGUCACAAAUUCUAUAAUCAUAGUCGUGAAUGUUGUAGACAAGAUAAAGGGCAAAAGCUUUAGCUCUUCGGACCUCAUUCUUGUCACACUUGGUAUGUCGAACAUCACUUUCCAAAUCGCCAUGACUGCAAAUGACUUCUUGACCAUUUUAUGGAGUGAUUUGUAUUUCUCAGAUGCAGUUUAUGUUACUUUCAAUACUUUGCUGUUUUUACCCAUUUUCUCCAGCUUUUGGUUUACUGUAUGCCUAUGUGUCUACUACUGCUUGCAGAUUGUCAUAUUCACCCAUCCUUUUCUUGUGCGUCUCAAACUUGGAAUCUCUCGACUUGUGCCAUUUCUCCUGGGAGCUUCGGUGUUCACAUCUGUAGUGAUCAGUAUUCCAGCAUUAUGGAGCACCUACAAGGACCCCCAAAAUGCCAAUUUUUCAAGCAAUCAGAGUUUUGAAAUUGAAGUACCCAAGCUGAGUGUUGUCUACUUAUUUUCCAGUAACAUUAUUGGAUGUUCACUUCCACUGGUACUUGUUGGGGUUUCCAAUUGUCUGAUCAUUAAGUCACUCAUAAGAAAGAGCACCAUGCUAGAGAAAAACAAGAGUGAUGUCAGCAGCCCACGAACUGAUGCCAGAGAGCGAGCAGCAAGAACCGUUGGUUGCUUAUUACUACUAUACAUGACCUUCUAUAUCUCUGAGAUCUUGAUGUUUAUUGAUUUUUUCCCACCUAGUAGCCCUGGAUUUUGUACCUGCUUAAUGGUCAUUUAUGUCUACUCACCUACGCAGUCAAUCAUUCUCAUUUUUGGAAGCCCCAAACUGAAGAAAGCAUCGCUGACCCUUCUCAAGUUGCCAAUGAAAUGUGGCAGGGAGCAGAAAGAGACACCCAAGAUUCUUUUUAUUAGACUUAGAUUGCAAAGAGCAUUAAACCACAAGGACAGCUAA